AUGUGUCGCGCGGUGUCCUACGGCGGCGGCGGUGCAGCGACGGUCACUUGUUGCAGGAGGCGCGGCGGCACGUGUCGCGGGUGGGUGUGCGCGCACGUGCCGAGCCAACCCCGCAGUGCCGCGGCAGCAGGCGUCGAGCGCAGAGCGCCGCACGCGCCGGCAUGCGACGCUAGCGGGAGCAUGCGGCUGCCGCUGCUGCCGCUGCUCGUGCUGCCGCUCGUGCUCGCGCGCCCGGCAGCAGCCGGGAUCUGUUGGACGGGGAUGGAUCGCAAUGGAAAGUGCAGCUCAGUGGCAGCGCUGCGCGUGGGCCGGGCCGAGUGCUGCGCGGGUGCUUCACGCGCUCCGGGUGCCUGGAGCCCGGAAGAUCUCGACAGCGGGCAAUUAUUCUUCUAUAAGACACUUACUAAAGGCUUCAAGUGUGUUGCUUGUGCAGAGUCAUGUGCAGGAGUUUCCUGCGCAAGUGGUCGACGGUGCGUUGUCAGAGGAGGACGUGCACGAUGCGUGUGCGCCGCUGCAUGCCGCCGCGUCGGUACCGUCUGUGGCAGCGACGGUCGCACCUAUCCGUCGCUCUGCCGAUUGAGACGAAGAGCUUGUCGGCGGCCCGCCAAGCAUCUCGUUCUGGACUAUCCAGGAGCUUGCCAAGAGGGAACAUGUGAGGGAGUUCGAUGCGGCGGGGACAAGCGGUGUGUGUUAGAUGCGGAACUGGGAGCUCACUGUGUGCGGUGCGGUGCGUGCAACAUGGCUGGCGCGCCCGUAUGUGCCGUAGAUGGGCGCACGUAUGCCGGCGCCUGCGCACUGAGGCGAGCAGCCUGUGAAAGAGGCAAAGCACUGCCACUUGCAUACCGAGGCCCUUGCAUAGCCAACGCAACGUGUGCAUCAAUAUCGUGCGGGGCAGGGCAGCGCUGCGUGUCGGGCGGCGCGUCGGGCGCGCGCUGCGUGUCGUGCGGCGCGUGCGGCGCGGCGGCGCGGCGCCAGCUGUGCGGCAGCGACGCGCGCACCUACCCCUCGUGGUGCCGCCUGCAGCGAGCCGCCUGCCAUAUAGGACGAGUCGUCGAUCCUCUGCACACUGGCCCGUGCAAAGCUAACAGAACCGUAUCGGACAAUAGUGUGAUUGAUCGAAGUGUAAGCGAGGUGGGCACCAAGCGGGUCCUAUAG